AUGGUUCAAUCAAGGAGCGAGACCAUGCCCAAGAAUGCACUGAAGAUUCCGAUAGUCCUUUGCCUCAUCCUGCUUGUUCAAAGCGUGUGCUCUUCUCCUUCCAAGAGCAAAUUUGUCGAUGUGUCGGUUGUGGCACCAUGGGCGCCGACUCCGUUGAUCAUUGAGGCCAGUGAAUACUUUGCGGAUAAAGCGGAUGAAGGGAAGUUUUGGGAGUUUGUUGAGUCCUUACCCAACGAUAUCUAUGAGAAGACGGACAAGCAGCACUACGACACUUCGAUCGAACUGGCCUCCAAGAUCGUCUCUAAUGUUCAACUUAGUCUCAUCAAGUUUGCUCUUUCCAUCAGGAAUUUUUCCCCGAAGCUGCAAGCAUACAAGCAGCUGUGGCAAGCAGCGUUGAAUUUCGGAUGCUCGAUCAAGGACAAGGAUGGCGCGGUGGUUCUUAUCGGGGGGAAGUGCGUCAGCGAUCCGAGCCUCUUGAGAGACGCGAUCGAGUCCUGUCACCCAGCCAAAGCUGGAGUUUCAGCUCCUUCCAUUCAAGAGUUCGAUCAUAUCUACCCAUCCCCCUCCAGCCCCUCUCAUUGCUCCACUGCUUUCUUGUACGCUACCAUCGGCACUCAGGCGUUUGUCAACUUCCACAAGUAUUUGUCUCAGGCUGCUGCUGCUGGCGAUGUCAAGUACGUUUUUCGCCACAGCUGGCCGGGGGCGAGGGAGGAGGAGGAGAAGGCGCAUCAAGACAUGCUGCUGCAGGGUUACGGCGUCGAGUUGGCGAUCAAGAACAUGGAGUAUAAAGCUGUGGAUGACCGGCACAAGGAAGGGGAGGCGGGGUCGAGCUUGGAGGACGACUUGGAGGAUGAAGUCGGAGGAUUCGAUUUCAAGACUCUGCUGCAGAGGAAACCGAAUCUCGAAGUUGAGCUCCUCUCCUUUCGCGAUCGCCUCCUGUCAGAGGCGAAGAGUGACGAAGGCACAGACAUCAAGGUCUGGGCUCUGAAAGACUUGGGAAUUCAAGCUUCGCAGAGAAUCCUCCAGGCCGAUGAGCCUCUGCGGCUGAUACGCGAUCUGAGUCACAAUCUGCCUGCAGUGGUUUCCUCCAUCUCAAGAAUGCGCGUGAACGCAUCCGUGAGGGCGGAGUUGGAAAACAACAGAAACUUCAUACAACCAGGAGCAAACAUGGUGCAUGUGAAUGGCCGACAGCUGCAGAAAGACGAUAUGAAUCCUUUUUCCCUUUAUCGAUUCAUCAGGCAUGAGAUCAACGUGAUCGAAAAGUUCAUGCAGCUCGGAAUGGACUCCCGCUCAACCAAGAAGAUUCUGUAUGCUCCUGCUGAACAGAUGGAGGGAGGAGGAAGCACCUUCAAGAUUGACGUGAAGAACGACAACUUCGUCAUGUGGAUGAACGAUCUCGAGAAGGACGACAUGUACAGGCAGUGGCCUCGUUCUCUUGACACUCUCCUCCAGCGAGGUUGGCCCGGGCAGCUGCGAUUCAUCGCCAGGAACAUCUGGACGGCAAUUUUCCUUGUAGACCCGUCGGACAUGCAGUCCCUCACCUUCCUUUCCUGGGCUUUCGAACAGAUGGAGCAGCAGCUUCCCGUCCGCUUCGGUGUCGCUUUCAAGUACAGUAAGUCCCUCGACGAGCAAUGGGAGGCAUCGCCGCGCAACGCCGAGAGCGAGGAUGAAGCAGAGGAGCUGGGGGACGCGGUGAUCUUGCACCGACUGUUCAGAGCCCUUCACCUCGGACAUGGAGGUCGGGCUGCCUGGUCGUUCCUGGCGAUUUACGCCGAAGGAAUGCAGACAGCCGGGAAGGCAUCGAAGAGCGAGGUGAGAAAGGACUCGUUCAAGCGGGCCGCCAAGAUGUUUCGAGCCCAGUACCGAGAUGCAGACGGGAAACUGAUGAGGGCCAAGUACAAGCCUUCCCUCCUCAACUCCACUCAUGACGCGUUUCUCAAGAAGAGCACGGAGUUCGUCGAGAGGAGUGGGUUGAGCUUGACCGAGCCCGUCUGCGUCCUCAAUGGAAACGUCCUCGCCGGGCAAGCGCUGGACCCGAACCAGUUCCACUACAUGCUGCAGAUGCAGAUGAUGGUGCUGCAGAGGAUGGCGUACUUCGGUCAGCUGGAUGAAAGGCGCGAUCUUCACAACCAGAUCAUCAACCACAAUGGGAAGGCGCACAGGAGGUUUCAUGCUCAGAUCGUCUCGGGGCCUGCGACCUCGAGGCAGAUGCUCAAGGCGGAAGUCUCGACGAAGACGAUGGAGGAUCUUGAUCGCAUCCCCUUCUUCCUGUGCGGCAAGGACGACGGGUCGAUGAGGGGAGUCACCCACAUCGUCGCCCUUGACCUCUCGUCCAAGAUCGGACGCGACCUGCUGGUCGCCUCUGCCAAGAGGAUGUCACAAACGUCCUCCGACAGGUGCAAACGCGUUCGGCUGGCGUACCUGGACAACUCUGAGGGGUCACCGGAAGCCGAAGGAGCCUUCUCAGUGCUGGUUGAGGCCAUCAGGUCCAUGAAGAACGACAAGGAUAAGGGGAACAAGUUCCUGGAGCUGUGCAGGACGAUCGUGAAAUUGCUGGACGAGUCUGCAUGGUCGACCGCUCAGGCUCAUGAGGAGGUCAAGACGUUGAUGGAGGCUGCGGAGAAGAGCAAGGAGGGCGGGUUGAGCAAGGCGGACAUGAAGAGGAUGAUCUCCGACUGGUUCCAGCUGACCGCGGGGGAGAGCGCCGUGUCGACAUCCGGGAGAGUCUUUAAGGUGACGGCGGACGUUGCCUUCCGGAUGGGAGACUUUGUGCUGGCGGAGGACACGGAGUGGAACGACAGGUCGAAGCACGUCAGCUCCGUCCUCGACGUCGCCUCCUUCUCCAUCUCCUCGGACAAGGUGACGAGCGAGUACAUCAGCUCUAUCGCCCUGCUGGGGUCCAACAUGAUCGGCAUCGAGAGGAACGAUAACAUCCAGCGGACGGACCAGGAGGCCAACAGGCAGUGGACUAGCAGGAUGACAGGGUUCAAGGUUGGCCCUGAGGACUCGAUCCUCCAAGUCCUGGCCUUCAUCGACCCGCUCUGUGCGGAGGCUCAACGUCUGUCGCCCAUGCUCAUGGCGCUGGCAGAUGCCUUCGGGGCCCACAUCCACGUCAUCCUCAACCCCGUGGCUGAGGUUGGCUCGCUCCCGAUCAAGGGCUACUACCGCUACGUGCUGAAGCCUCAGCUGGAGUUUGACGAGGAAGGCAAGCUGGUGUCCAACACCCGCGCGACCUUCUCCAACCUCCCAAUGUCAAAGUUGCUCUCGAUGAUCAUCCACCCCCCCGACGCCUGGUUCGUCUCUGCCUCUCAGGCCGUCCACGACAUCGACAACAUCCUGCUCGAGAAGCUGUCGGCACACGAGACUGUCCUCUCGGCCGUCUACCGCCUCGACCACAUCCUCGUCACGGGGCACUGUAUCGAUGACAGGCGAGAGCCUCCAGCUGGCCUCCAGCUGAACUUGAACCUUCUUGACGAGCACGCGGCCAAGGGCAAGUCGAAGCUGGUGUCAGACACGCUUGUCAUGAGCAACCUCGGGUACUACCAGCUCAAGGCCAGGCCGGGAAUUUUUAACCUGACGAUGGCGGAGGGCAAGUCAUCGGAGAUCUACGAGAUAGAAGACAAGGGAAACUUCGGCUCCUCCCGCGUGAUCUCCGUCCUCUCUUGGGAACCUGACGCGUUUCCGACGAGCGUUAGGAAGCGCAAGGGGCAGGAGAGCAAGAGCCUGCAAGACGCCAAGGGAGGACGAGACGGGGAUGGAUCUGUGUGGUCCUCCCUCAGCAACUGGUUUUCAGGUGACUCGGCCACGGCCGAGCAGGCCGUGACAGACAAGUCGGGGGAGGACACGAUACAUGUCUUUUCCCUGGCGUCAGGGCACCUGUACGAGCGUUUCCUCAAGAUCAUGAUGCUGUCGGUGGUUCGCAACACAAAGUCCCACGUCAAGUUCUGGCUGCUGCAGAACUUCCUGUCCCCGCAGUUCAAGGCCUUCAUCCCCCGCAUGGCCAAGAACUUCGGGUUCGACUACGAGCUCGUGACUUAUAAGUGGCCGUCGUGGCUGCACGAGCAGACGGAGAAGCAGCGCAUCAUCUGGGGAUAUAAGAUCCUUAUGCUCGACGUGCUCUUUCCCCUCUCGGUCCCCAAGAUCAUCUACAUCGACUCUGAUCAGGUCGUCAGGUCGGACCUCAAACAGCUCUGGGACAUGAAUCUGCGCGGGAGGCCGUACGCCUACACGCCCUUCUGUGACGAUAAGAGGGAGAUCGAAGGCUAUCGCUUCUGGAAGCAAGGCUUCUGGCAGACCCACCUCGGAGACAUGAAGUACCACAUCAGCGCCCUCUACGUGGUCGACCUGAACCGGUUCAGAGCCAUCGGAGCUGGGGACGAGCUCAGGGUUGUCUACUCCCAGCUCUCCCGGGACCCCAACAGCCUGGCUAACCUGGACCAGGACCUGCCCAACUACGCGCAGCACUCGGUGCCGAUCUUCUCGCUGCCGCAGGAGUGGCUGUGGUGUGAGACCUGGUGCUCGAACUCGACCAAGGUGAAGGCCAAGACCAUCGACCUCUGCAACAACCCGAUGACCAAGGAGCCGAAGCUCGACCAGGCGCGGAGGAUCAUCGGGGAGUGGGAGGAGCUGGACAAGACUAUCAGCUCGCUGGAGUGA